AGGCAGUCAUCCUGAACGUGUGGCCAGGCAGCCUGUUUUCGGUGAACUCCAAGCAUAUGUAGGCUCCUCUCAGCAUAUGGACGAAGCAUGGCCCUCCCAGCGCUACAGAAGUCAGAGUAGCACUAAAAUGAUAGUGUACAAAGGGGUUUACAAGAUAUAAGCCACAAGAAAGAAGAGGACUGGAGAAAAGUACACAGCAGAUGGGAGAUCUCAGUAAAUUUUGGAAGCCAGAAGUUGGAUGGAGUAGAGAUGCAGUCAUACCUCGGAAAGAACAGAGCAACUAUCAGCCACUGCAGACAAGCACAGGACAGAGUCUGGAGGAGGGCUGAUCCCACUGAUGUGCACCUACAACCAUCCUGUCCGUGGAUAGUUAUGAAAUACCUGUGUGAGUGCAUAGACAGGAGACCUGGAAGUUUUUGAGGCCGUAUUUAACAGGUUGAAGAAAUAUGGAUACCAACACCAUAUUGGUCAUCAGCGCUGGUUUUACCAGCUUUUUCACCUUUCAGCUUCUUUUCCACUUUGUAAGUUAUUGGUUUUCAGCAAAAGUUUCUCCAGGUUUUGAUAAUCUCAACUUCGAAAAGAAGAUUGAAUGGAACUCAAGGGUAGUGUCUACGUGUCAUUCUUUGGUGGUUGGGGUUAUUGGCUUGUACAUUUUCUUGUUUGAUGAGGCUACUAUUGCUGAUCCACUGUGGGGUGAUCCAUCUCUUGUGAAAGUGAAUAUUGCUAUUGCUUCAGGCUACCUCAUUUCUGAUUUGUUGAUUCUCAUUUGGUAUUGGAAAGUGAUUGGUGACAAGUAUUUUAUAAUUCACCAUUGUACAGCGCUGUAUGCAUACUACUUUGUACUGAGGGAUGGAGUGCUGGGAUACAUUGGGAAUUUUCGCCUGCUUGCAGAACUUUCCAGCCCUUUUGUGAAUCAGCGGUGGUUCUUUGAGGCUCUGAAGUAUCCUAAGUUUUCCAAGGCUAAUGUCAUCAAUGGAAUACUCAUGACUGUGGUGUUCUUCAUAGUGCGGAUUGCCUCAAUACCUCCUUUUUAUGGCUACAUUUACUCUGUGUUAGGAACAGAAGCCUACCGGAGGCUUGGAUUUUUAAUUCAAUGUUCCUGGAUCUCUACUUGUGUUGUUUUGGAUGUAAUGAAUGUCAUGUGGAUGAUCAAAAUUUCAAAGGGGUGCAUCAAAGUCAUCUCUCUCAUAAGACAAGAGAAAGCCAAGAAGAGUCUUCAGAAUGGAAAACUUGACUAAAAGUGGGCUAUUGAUAAGCAUACUUCAUUACUACCCACAUUAUAUCUUCUGAUAGGUUGAAUUCUUGGCAUGUUCUUGUGCUUCUUUAUUAAUUAUACUUGUUAUUCUCGAUUUCAAUGUCCUUUUUUUUCUAACCGUUAGAAAAGAGAAACUAAAAUUUAGUUUUUAUCUGAAGAUUUAUUUUCUGAUAUUCUUCUGCAUUAUAAGCAUGGAUAAAAUCUUAAAGGUUUAAAUAAAAAUGUAUAAAUAUGGUGGUGAAUCUUCUUAGAAAUCUGUUAACUGGCAUUGGUAUUUUUCUCUGUGAAAACAUGACUAUGCUAAUUUGGUGCACUUGGUUUUAUGUCACCGAUUUUGCUGAAAGAAUGGGAACUGCUUUUAAAUCUGUAGAUAGGUCUCCACAUUUUGUUGUAUUGCACUCAUUUCUUACUAUGGCUGUCAAUACCUGUGUAGUGUUUAAUUUCCAAAUUGUUGAAAUGUUCUUUUUCUUAGGCGAUUAGAAGUGAUGUCUUUUUCAUUUAGAUAUGCUGUCAUCUACUAAUAAUGAAGUAUUUUGCUUAUUUUGGGAACCUUUAAUUAGUUAAGUUAUGGAAAAUAUUUCUUGCAUUUUCAGAUUUUUCUGACAUCACUUUAUUAUUUUUAAUAUUUUAUCAAAUUAUAGCUUUUUUCUUUUGUAGUAAAGCUUAAGACCGAUCUAAUAGAGCUCCUUAAGAGAUGAAUUCUUCCUUCUAAACAUGCAUGUUCUAGAUGACUAUUUGGGCUAAUAGGAGGAAUCAUUAAGAAAAAAGCUUUAACACUUCUCUCUCUAUCUGCGUCCCUUGCACUUUUUCUAUGAAAAAUAUAUUAUUUCUAUUUGCAAAACCUCCCCUGAGUUCAGAACCCAACAUCAUUAGCACCAAAAUCUUAUGCAACAUGUAUUUAUCAUGCUCCUAAGGUAAGCCUCUUCUUGAUGAGACCAAAACUACAAAAAAAAAUCAGUAUUCAUAUUUUACUCACAAUUUACACCCAUGCUUUUGCUUAACCAGCACUUUGAGUGCUUUGAAUUUCUGUCUUUCCUAAAGGAUAGGAAAAUGAUAGAUAAUUUAAUCCAAGCAUUCUGAUUAUCAAUAUUAUUGCUUUAUCUGGGGAUAAAUGACUGGUGACAUUUUUUUCUGUUUGUGUGUGUGGGUAUGUUUGUGUUUGCUUUGGUCCUUACAACCCAAAUAUAGAAUUAUAUAGUUAGCUAUUAUUGCCUUUAUUUAUUUUUCUCAAGUACUUUAAUGAUCAUUCUUACCUAAGGAAAAAAAUUAAUCAGCGUUAAAUACUUGAAUUUAGUUGAACCCAAACCAAAAGAUCUAAUUCAUUCAGUUUCUCAGUUUGAAGGAGAAUGUGUGACUCACUCUUAUUGUCCAUGUUAUGAUGAUGAAGGGAGGCUAGCUGGAUAUUUCAGGACUUUUGAUUUGAUGUGAUUUGAUUGACUUGGCUGUCCAAUGCAGAUAGGGCCUGAUACAUUGUAGAACAUUUGAAGAAAGUAAUUGAGAUCUCAGUCAGUAACUAAAUGAAAAAUUGAAGUUGAUCAGCUUAUACCAGGUACACUUAUUUUUGAAAGACUUAAUUAAAGUAAUAUAAAAUAUAGGUAUUUGUUUUUAAAUCUGCUAAUAUUACAUUGAUAAUUUGUUACUAAAUUUAGUGCCUUCUACACAUAGGCACUUAAACAUGUAUUGGUUGUUUAGCAGGGGUAGGAAAGCACGUGGUUUUAUCUUGUUCUUUUCUUGCUCUUUUGCAAGAAAAAUGGCUUUUUAAAAGGAAAACAUUUAUAUUAGAAAACUGUUUUGGAAAUUCAUUCCUUUAGGAAGAAACAAAACUUGAAAUAAAUAUUUUUGACUUUGGAUAUUUCUGUAGCUUCUGAACACAGAUUUUAAACCCACCAUCAAAAGGAAGACAAUAUAAAGCUAUAUGUUAGUGAGUUUCCAUAUAGCACUUUCCAUUUUUAUAGUUAUUUCAUGCUUAAAACUUCAUUUUUACUUUCACCAACAGCACCUUUCUGCAGUAUAGCCCCCUCACUAUGUAAGCAUAAUUAAAAUAUCAAGGUGUUGAACUAAAGUUUGUUAUUCCCUUAGUCAGCAAUUCUUAUUUUAUGCUGGCUGCAUGAUAGUUAAUUUAAUAUCCAGAUUCAAUAUCCGAAAGUAGAUUCUAUGCAUUUCCUCAUAAAACAGACAUGAAAUGAAAAAGACACUGCAAGCUGCCAUGCUACUUGAAGUCAGAUCUUUACAGGAGCUAUACUUUGCUGUUCUGUGAUUAUAUCCACCUACGUAAGAAACAAGUAGUUAAAGACAGAACAUUUCAUUUAUUAAAUGAUGAAUUUUUCAUUUAUUAAAUGACAAACUUUUGCUAGACAUUUUACGUAUUAAAUAUUUUGACUACAUGGAUUAGUUUAAAUGAUUCUAUUAGGCAUUCUGAUAUUUAACAACUGUUAAAAUAUUUAUAGAAAAUGAAAGCAAAUUGGUAUAAAUUUUUAAGCAACUCUAUUUUUGUAGAAAAAGAUUAGUGACAACCUGUAACUAUAAAGAUGUUCUCUGAACGUGUAGUACUCUAGAAAAUAAAAAUUCUUACAAAAUUUUGAAAAUGAAUGAAAAUAAACUAAAUAACAUGCAAGAUCAUAGACUCUGCAUUAGAUAUUUUAUUUGGGAGAAUUUAGAAAUUAUGAGCUUGAGUUUAUAGAAUCUGCAUUAUUGUGCCUAAAAUCUUUUUAAUGAAUAUUAUUUGCAGUUAUUUAAAACAAUAUGGAGUUAUAUCUGAAUGCAAAGAAAUGAACUCCUGCUUAAAUUGUCUUGAUACAUCAUAGUAAGUUGAAAUGUAAUUUUUAUUCCAACUGUUCGUUUUGGUAUUUCAUGGAUUAUUAGCCCUAUGUUAAGAGAAAUAAUAAUGUCUUCACCAUUCCUAAGAGUGACUGAUAUACUGUGGAUGACCCAGUACUGUUGUACAGGACUAGUUUUAGAAACUACCUAGUUUAUAGGUGUUUGAAUCAAAUUCUUUUCUAAAUUUUAAUAACCUAUUUGACUCAAAUCAAAAUUUUGCUGAAAGUAUUAGUUUUUAAAUUGUAUGCUUUCUCUGAGGUGCAUUGGGCAUUUGGAGAAUGGUUCUUCCCUUUACUGUUGGUUACACCAGUUGUUAUCAUGUAUUUAGAAAUAUUCUUCUCAUGGAGAUAUACAGGGGAAAAACGUGUUGUAAUAUUCAUGUUUGUUCUGCUUC